AGUAAAUGAACAUGAAAGAAGAAUAUACUUUCACAAAACAUAAACAUUCCAAUUUUAUACUGUUUAUUUGAGGUUUAUUUAUGAAUUCCACCUGUUUUAGCGAUUUUAUAACAUGCAGGAUGCCUUUUAAGUUGAAAUUGAAGAAAUCCCGUCAUUAUAGUGUGGUAUCAAAAUCACUAUUUGUAAUAUCUGUUGAGAUACUUGAUGGCACUAUUGUGGAAUGUACAUUGUCUUCAGAGAGUACUGGACAAGAUUGUUUGGAUGUUGUUUGCCAAAAACUAAGUCUAAAUCAACCGAAAUUCUUUGGGCUGCAGUACGUGAGCAGAAAUACUGAGAAUAGCUUGUGUUGGUUAGAAUUAGAUAAACCCAUUAAGAGACAGUUGGAUAAAUAUGCUAGGGGUUUAUGUGUCUGUCUUAGAGUUACAUACUAUGUUAUUUCUGGAGUUAGGCUGUUUAAUGAUGAGGUUACUAGAUACCACUAUUUUUUACAAUUAAAGCAAGAUGUUAUUGAAGGCAGAAUAUCUUGCUCGCCUCAGCAAGCUGUGGAACUGGCAAGUUAUUCAAUGCAAGCAGAAUUUGGUAAUUUUGAUGCUGAGAGACACACAGCACAUUACCUUAAGGAUUUCCAACUUUUUCCUAAGACUUUUACAGAGCCUUCUCUUUUGGAAACACUAACUGAGGCAGCUAGUAGACAACAUGCAGCUCUUCACAAUUUGCCACAAGGUACUGCUGAAGAGUACUAUAUUUGUGCUUGUCAGCGUUUGGAUGGCUAUGGACAAGAAGUAUAUUCAGUUAAAGAUCAAGAAGGUAGUGAUACUCUAAUAGGGAUUUGUUUGACUGGAGUUUACAUUGGAUAUCCUGGAGGAAAGGAGGGACGUCAUUUUGGGUGGUCUGAUAUAAGUAAUGUUAUCAAUCACAAACGAGAUUUUACAAUAGAAUCUGUUGGUGGAACAGAAAAAGUCGAAUUUCAAUUUACUGACGUUGAGAGCGCUAAAAAUGCAUGGCGUUUUUGUGUGCUACAACACAUUUUCUAUCGACAAUAUGAAAUGAAUAUUCUUGAAAAUGAAAAAGCCUUACCCAAACCUCCCAUUUUCCAACAAAAUGAGGACAAGUUAAGACAAAGAGAUAGUUACGAAGAUGUUACAAAUUCGAAUCUACAGUGGGACAGACCUGUCUCGUCAACUCAAAGUUUGAGCCACAGGGCGCAGUCAACGUCUUGUUUGGAUCUUAAUCAGCAUAGUGAACUAGACACUCUCAGAAGCCUUUUACCUUCUUACCGUCCAGCCCCGGAUUAUGAGACUGCCAUACAGCAAAAGUAUAGAAAUUCUUCAGGUGCCAUAUCGUCUCGAACCACUCAUCCUAUAUUGUACAGUUCGCAACCAGAGAUCCAUCAAACAGACGCCUAUCCGGCUCACUUACACUAUCCAGAUGUGACACACAACAAUAUUGAACAAAAAAACGUUGUGUAUAACACGGCAUUCCCGAGAUCUCAGUUGAUCGACAACAUGGGAAUGUUGCACGUCUAUAAAUCUCCUCCACCGUAUCCUACGAAUAAAAUCAAUUCGAAUUCAACACCUGAUUUAGCGGGCAUGUCCCAGCAGCUCAAACCGCAUCCCGGUUUUGUUAGUAACAUCGUAAGCGGAUCUAGUCCAGAUCUCGUUUCAGGGGGAAAUUUAUAUUUGAGGCACCUUUAUUCAGGCCAUCCCGUUCAUCCUGUUCACAGAUCGCAUAGUUAUUUGCCUCCUCAACACGGCACUUACGAGAAUUUGGCGUCGAUUUUUAAUAACAAUAUGUUGGGCAGACCUCAAGCAGUUAUUGUUGAAAACCCUAAUAUAACUAAACACAUUAAGAAAGUGUAUGAUGAACAUGGUAAUAUCAUCUAUUGCAUGCCGGCUAAUAUGAAACAGAUUUUGCAAGAGAAUCAGUUGCCCAGUACUGGUUUUGUCGUAACUCGUAAUCAAAAUGCCAUGGUAGCCCAUGAUCAUCAUUUGAAUAAUUCGACAGAACCGAUUUAUGAAAAUAUACCUUUACCGUGGCAAAAUGAGGGGGAAAUGAGAGGUCGAACGCAGAGCAUUCAUUCAGCCCCCGAGAUUAGUCAGGUCGUGAAUCAUCCAUUGGUCAAUGCUGUGCAAUCCCAGAUGCAAAAACUCAACAUGAAUAACGGUCAGCAAGGUAGCAGAGAAAAUCUCUAUGUAAACAUAGAUCGUUUAAAAUCCUCAUCGAAAACGGACAUAAAUUCCCAAAAUACCAGUACCCAUAAUCUCAGCGAAAGCAGUCGUUCCGUCCAUGCUUUAGACACCACUCAAAUGUCGAAUGUCCCAAGCUUUCCAACAGACCGUUUUUUCGACAACAAAGCAUCCUCGACAUCGACUGUUGCCCCACCAUCUUUUGUCGAAACAAGCAGCAGCAGCAUGAUAAAUGAGAGCAGUUGUGACUCAACGUCUGCUUCAAAUACUAGUUCAAAGUCCAAAAAGAAGAGGUGGGGUAUAUUGAUGGGAAGAAGCAAGUCGGGGGAAAAGGUGAAAAGCGCGACAUUAGGAAGGGAAAAAAAGAAGAAAGAGGACGAUCAAAGUCAGGGGAAUAACAGACACAGGUGGUCUACAGGGUUGCCAAGAUUUAAUCCCUUACCACCUUCGAUUAGUAAAGAAACUAUGUGCCAACUUUUGGAAAAUAAGCUAGCUGAUAGUCAGUUGUUUUUUGAAUUUGAUAAAAUUCCAAAGAAAAAACAAAAUGCCGAAUUUAAAACCGCUUUACUUCCUGAAAAUGCGGGUUUUAACAAGUUCAAAGAUGUGCUUCCAUACGAAGAUAAUAGAUUAAGACUUACACCUACCAAAAAUAAUAAAUACGGAUAUAUCAAUGCUUCCCACAUUACGGCGACUGUUGGUAGCAAACAGAGAUUUUACAUAGCAGCUCAAGGCCCUUCAACUCAAACUUUACCGCACUUCUGGCAGUGCGUUUGGGAAGCUGAGGUCUAUUUAAUGGUGCAACUAACCGAGCCGACAGAAGACAUUACUUACCUGCCCGAUGCUGGAGAAAGAUGUAUUGAUGUUGAUCAGGAUUACCAAAUAUGGUGGGAGUUUUCUCAAAAAACGGGCCACUGUGUUACCAGCAAAGUCAGAUUGUGCCAUGUCAUAUCAAGGAGAUACCGUACAAUAUGGCAUCUUCAUUACACAGAUUGGGGCGACCAGGGUUGUCCUAAUUCCGUCUCACAUUUUUUGGGCUUUCUCGAAGAAAUGCAGUCCGUUCAUCAGCAUUCAAUGGGCGAAAUUCCUCCAGGCCAUAAUAAGAAUCCGCCUAUUUUGGUGCAUUGUACCGCCGGCGUAGGACGGACAGGUCUUACCAUUUUAAGUGAUUUACUGCUGUAUACUGUUGACCAUAACCAGGAGGUGUGUAUACCGAGGGUGGUAGGUUUGCUUCGACAACAACGUGCCUACAUGAUACAAACGAUAGCGCAAUACAGAUUCGUUUAUUCAUUACUAAUACAUUAUCUCAAACAAACUAGGCUAAUAUAGCACUUUGUCCUGUUUUUUUUUUAUCACUGUGUGCAAUUUUCUUGAUAUUUUAUUGACUUUUACAAGAUUAUUUUUUAGAUGUAGAGUAUUAUUUGAUAUGUGAUAUAUUUACUAAUGUUUGCUCUAAAAAUGUUGAUGUAGUGGGUUUGAAAAAAUUAUCAAGAUUUCAAAAAAUAUACAUUUAUAAUAAAUUGAGUGCCUUCCAAGUGUUUAGGUAGAUAUUAAAAAAGACCUAAACCCGCUAAAUAUAAUUUAAAACCAUAUAAAAAAGAGAUUAUUUACUACAUCUAAAAUUAGAAUCUUUAUAGAUUUAAUUUUAUUAAUUUCAAUUCUAUGUCAAAUGAAAUCAAAUAAAAAAAAUGUAAGUUAAGUUUAAGAGCAGCUAUAUUUCUUAUGCAUUAUUUUUACUUUAGUUUUAGUAUUAUUUUUCUCUUUCUUUCUUUACGUCCUGUGCAAAAUGUGGAAAUAAGGAAAAAUUUGGUUACACAUAAAUGUUAUUAAAUUAUUAAAAAAAAAGCUAUUAAUUUGGCUUCUCAUUUACUUCCGAGGCAUAUUUCGAAUGUUUGACGAUUUCCUCAAAUUGCACGUUUUGUACUUAAUUUGUGGCAAUUUUUCCAACUGGCUUUAAUUUAUGUAAAGUAAAUUUAUACAAUUGAGAGUCUGAUUUUUUUGUGCAUACGGUGCAUUUUGUUUAUGUACAACUUUUAAGUUUAAUGUUUUUAUUACUAUCAAAAUAAUGUUUCUCUCGUAUUUUUAGCUUUUAAGUAUUUACCAUUAUAUUUUCGAUUUUAAUCAAAGUUUUUAUUGUGUUCUAGGAUUGUUGAAGGAUUUUUUUUUUCGAAUGAAAAACAAAAAAAAUGAGAUUUUAUUACCUUAGGUUUUUAACAAUAGUAUUCACAAAUUUAGUCCAGCUAAAAAUUGUGAUUUUUUACAUUUGAAAAUGUAUAAGACAUUUUGAUGUAUUUAA